AUGCUCUGCUAAGUUAUUCAUUUCAUAUUGAAGAUGUUUUGAAAAAAAAGGUCGAGUUUGUUUUAACCUUGAACUUUGUAUUAUUUCAAUAUAUUUUCUGCAUUGGCUUUUCCCCUUCAUGGUGAUACCUAUGAAGGCUGCUAGGCUAUGGAUUUCUUUUUCUUAUAAUUCCAUUAGUCACACUUAAUAACUUCUCUAAAUCUUUAUUAUGGUACUUAUUUGGGAAUAUCUGGUAAAGGAAAUCUCUAGUGAAAGAUAUUUUCUCUUGGGUAUAAGUCAUAAGUCAUUGCUAAUACCAGAGAUUUAUGUUCUGCCUUAAUUAAAUUUACAUUAAAUAGUUUCUUUGUAACUAGAAUUAGUGUUUAAAAGAAUUUUCCUGCAUGGACAACAUAGCAAGACCCCAUCUCUACAAAAAAUAAAAAUAUUAGCACGGGGUGCUGGUGUACGCCUAUAGUCCAGCUACUCAGGAGGCUGAGGUCGGAGGAUUGCUUGAGCCUGGGAGGUGGAGGAUACAGUGAGCUGUGAUCGCUCCACUGUACUCUAGCCUGGGUGACAGAGAAAGACCCUGUCUCAAAAUAAAAAUAAAAGAAUUUUAACACUUGACAGAGUUUAAAGAAGAGGAAUGAAAGUAAAUUAUGAGUUGAUAUUUUAAGAGAAUUAAAAUAAAAUUACAGCCUUAAAAAUAGACAUUUUUGAGCCCAGUAGACUUACUUAUUUCAUGUAAAAUUUAAUUAAGUAAAAAUCUAUUUUAGGCCAGGUGAGAUGACUCAUACUUGUAAUCCUAGCACUUUGGGAGGCCGUGGGGGAAGGAUUGCUUGAGGCUGGGAGUUCGAGACUAGCUUGGACAACAUAAUGAGAUCCCAUCUUUAUUUUUAUAUUAAAAAAAAAUCUGGCUGGGCAUGGUGGCCCAUGCCUUUAAUCCCAGCACUUUGGAAGGCUGAGGUGGGCUCGUCGCUUGAGCCCAGGGGUUCAAAAGUAGCCUGGGCAACGUGGUGAAACCUCAUCUCUAUAAAAAUACAAAAAUUAGCUAGACGUGGUGCUGCGUGCCUGUAGUCCCAGCUACUUGGGAGCCUGAGGUGGGAGGGUGGCUUGAGCCCAGGAAGCAGAGGUUACAGUGAGCUGAGAUUGCACCACUGCACUCCAGCCUGGGUGACAGAGUGAGACCCUGUCUCAAAAAUAAAUAAAUAAAAAUAAAAAAUCUAUCUUAACUUGAUUGUGCAUUGUAAUUUAUUAUAGUGAAAUUGCUAUAACAGAAUUUUAUUUUAAGCCAGUUUGGGGAAUACUGAAACAUUUUUAAAAAUCACGUAGUACUUUUUAGUGCUUUUAAAACCUAAAUCCAUAAAGUAGUUAAUUAAAAUGCAUGAAGUAAAUAAGUGUUUUUCUGUAUUAAAGAUAAAACUAUAAACAUAUAUUGUUCAAUAUGCCUACAUAAAUAAAUCAUUCUCUUCUUUUUGGUUCUUUUUUGCUUAUCACCUCUUACCUCCUCUGCUUCCUAAAAACUUGAUAAUCUUGUUUAAUUCAAAAUUAUGUUUUCUGGCCAUACAUGUGCUGGGAUUACAGGCAUGAGCCACCAUGCCCAGCCUUAAUGGUCUUUUUAAAGGAUACCUGAUUUCAGAAGGAACCUUUGAAGAAAUGGCUAGAACUUCUGUGAUUCUUUGGAUAUUGCCUGACAUCUAAGCCAAAUUAGUUGACCUUUUAAUGUUAAAUAAAAUAUUCAAUAACUUUUACUAAUGGGUGGGCUUUAGGGACCCCUUUAUUUUACUACGUUGCCAAAAGUAGGUUCAUUAUAACAUUGAAAACAUCCUGAUGUAAUUUAUUGAAUGUAAAAUUAUUCCUCAAUAAAUUUGAGGAUGAUUUCCAUAAAGGGAAACAAAUUUCUUUCUUCCAAAUAUACUGUGACAGCCUAUUUUGAAAUAUUUAAAAUAUGUCCCUAAAGACGAAAAUUAAAGAGCGGACACAAAGUUGUUAUGCUCUAAGGAGUCAUUCUUUUGAUUUAAAAUUCAUUAUAAUUCCCUGGUUGUCUAGUGUUAGGAUUCAGCACUCUCAUAAAAUUCAUUAUAUUGAUUCUAUAAAAGUAUUGUGUUGAAUUAAGAAACACGUGGACAUUUUUAAGUGUUUCAAAAUAUUUUUGUUAUACCUAGGUUUUCACUGUGAUGGUAUUUGUUGUUUUAGUGGAAUUUGACCUAUAUUUUAUUCUAUAGGAAAAAGAAGAAAGUAAACAUUGGCUAGCCAUCUACCACGCUGUACAGCUAUUUGUGUGUGGUCCCAUUGUGAAUUUUUAACUCCAGGCUCUAUAUUUUUAGUGCUUUGUGAAGAUUGAAUCUGCAAAUCAUCUUUGAAAGAUUGUAAACCAUGGCUGUGUGGAUACAAGCUCAGCAGCUCCAAGGAGAAGCCCUUCAUCAGAUGCAAGCGUUGUAUGGCCAGCAUUUUCCCAUUGAGGUGCGGCAUUAUUUAUCCCAGUGGAUUGAAAGCCAAGCAUGGGACUCAAUAGAUCUUGAUAAUCCACAGGAGAACAUUAAGGCCACCCAGCUCCUGGAGGGCCUGGUGCAGGAGCUGCAGAAGAAGGCAGAGCACCAGGUGGGGGAAGAUGGGUUUUUACUGAAGAUCAAGCUGGGGCACUACGCCACGCAGCUCCAGAACACGUAUGACCGCUGCCCCAUGGAGCUGGUCCGCUGCAUCCGCCAUAUAUUGUACAAUGAACAGAGGUUGGUCCGAGAAGCUAACAAUGGUAGCUCUCCAGCUGGAAGCCUUGCUGAUGCCAUGUCCCAGAAACACCUCCAGAUCAACCAGACAUUUGAGGAGCUGCGACUGGUCACGCAGGACACAGAGAAUGAGUUAAAAAAGCUGCAGCAGACUCAGGAGUACUUCAUCAUCCAGUACCAGGAAAGCCUAAGGAUCCAAGCUCAGUUUGGCCCGCUGGCCCAGCUGAGCCCCCAGGAGCGUCUGAGCCGGGAGACGGCCCUCCAGCAGAAGCAGGUGUCUCUGGAGGCCUGGUUGCAGCGUGAGGCACAGACGCUGCAGCAGUACCGCGUGGAGCUGGCCGAGAAGCACCAGAAGACCCUGCAGCUGCUGCGGAAGCAGCAGACCAUCAUCCUGGAUGACGAGCUGAUCCAGUGGAAGCGGCGGCAGCAACUGGCCGGGAACGGCGGGCCCCCCGAAGGCAGCCUGGACGUGCUACAGUCCUGGUGUGAGAAGUUGGCCGAGAUCAUCUGGCAGAACCGGCAGCAGAUCCGCAGGGCCGAGCACCUCUGCCAGCAGCUGCCCAUCCCCGGCCCAGUGGAGGAGAUGCUGGCCGAGGUCAACGCCACCAUCACGGACAUCAUCUCAGCCCUGGUGACCAGCACAUUCAUCAUUGAGAAGCAGCCUCCUCAGGUCCUGAAGACCCAGACCAAGUUUGCAGCCACUGUGCGCCUGCUGGUGGGCGGGAAGCUGAACGUGCACAUGAACCCCCCCCAGGUGAAGGCCACCAUCAUCAGUGAGCAGCAGGCCAAGUCUCUGCUCAAGAACGAGAACACCCGCAAUGAUUACAGUGGCGAGAUCUUGAACAACUGCUGCGUCAUGGAGUACCACCAAGCCACAGGCACCCUUAGUGCCCACUUCAGGAAUAUGUCCCUGAAACGAAUUAAGAGGUCAGACCGUCGUGGGGCAGAGUCGGUGACAGAAGAAAAAUUUACAAUCCUGUUUGAAUCCCAGUUCAGUGUUGGUGGAAAUGAGCUGGUUUUUCAAGUCAAGACCCUGUCCCUGCCAGUGGUGGUGAUCGUUCAUGGCAGCCAGGACAACAAUGCGACGGCCACCGUUCUCUGGGACAAUGCUUUUGCAGAGCCUGGCAGGGUGCCAUUUGCCGUGCCUGACAAAGUGCUGUGGCCACAGCUGUGUGAGGCACUCAACAUGAAAUUCAAGGCUGAAGUGCAGAGCAACCGGGGCCUGACCAAGGAGAACCUCGUGUUCCUGGCGCAGAAACUGUUCAACAACAGCAGCAGCCACCUGGAGGACUACAGUGGCCUGUCCGUGUCCUGGUCCCAGUUCAACAGGGAGAAUUUACCAGGACGGAAUUACACUUUCUGGCAAUGGUUUGACGGUGUGAUGGAAGUGUUAAAAAAACAUCUCAAGCCUCAUUGGAAUGAUGGGGCCAUUUUGGGGUUUGUAAACAAGCAACAGGCCCAUGACCUACUCAUUAACAAGCCAGAUGGGACCUUCCUGCUGAGAUUCAGUGACUCAGAAAUUGGCGGCAUCACCAUUGCUUGGAAGUUUGAUUCUCAGGAAAGAAUGUUUUGGAAUCUGAUGCCUUUUACCACCAGAGACUUCUCCAUUCGGUCCCUAGCCGACCGCUUGGGAGACUUGAAUUACCUUAUCUACGUGUUUCCUGAUCGGCCAAAAGAUGAAGUAUACUCCAAAUACUACACACCAGUUCCCUGCGAGUCUGCUACUGCUAAAGCUGUUGAUGGAUACGUGAAGCCACAGAUCAAGCAAGUGGUCCCUGAGUUUGUGAACGCAUCUGCAGAUGCUGGGGGUGGCAGCGCCACGUACAUGGACCAGGCCCCCUCCCCAGCUGUGUGCUCCCAGGCUCACUAUAACAUGUACCCACAGAACCCUGACUCUGUCCUUGACACCGAUGGGGACUUCGAUCUGGAGGACACAAUGGAUGUAGCGCGGCGUGUGGAGGAGCUCCUGGGCCGGCCAAUGGACAGUCAGUGGAUCCCGCACGCACAGUCGUGACCCCGCGACCUCUCCAUCUUCAGCUUCUUCAUCCUCACCAGAGGAAUCACUCUUGUGGAUGUUUUAAUUCCAUGAAUCGCUUCUCUUUUGAAACAAUAUUCAUAAUGUGAAGUAUUAAUACUAGUUGUGACCUUAGUGUUUCUGUGCAUGGUGGCACCAGCGAAGGGAGUGCGAGUAUGUGUUUGUGUGUGUGCGUGUGUGUGUGUGCGUGCUUGCACGUUAUGGUGUUUCUCCCUCUCACUGUCUGAGAGUUUAGUUGUAGCAGAGGGGCCGCAGACAGAGGCUGUGGUGGUUUUUACUUAGUGCAAAAAGGCAGUGAGUUUCGUGAAGCCUGGAAGUUGGCCAUGUGUCUUAAGAGUGGCUGGACUUUGACGUGUGGCUGUUUGAGUAAGAGAAGGACAAAGGGAGGAGAAAGCACAUGUGCUCCAGUGAGUCUUUGUCACUCUGUCUGCCAAGUAAUUGAUAUAUAACCGUGAUUGUCUCUGCUUUUCUUCUGAAAUGUAGAUAACUGCUUUUUGACAAAGAGAGCCUUCCCUCUCCCCCACCCCUGUGUUCUUGGAUAGGAAUGGGAAAAGGGGCAACCUACAAAGAUUGUUGGGGCAAGGGAAGUCACAGGUUUUCGGAUGGGCGGUGGCUUUUCACAAAACAUUUAGCUCAUCUUAUUCUCUCUUUGUCCUCUCUCCCCUCCUGGAAUUGCCACUCAGUUCCCCUGGGUGUGCACACAUGUUUGGAGAAAUAGAGGAGAGAAAAGAGGGCCACGUAACUGAGAGCUUACAGUGCCAAUGCCGUUUGUGUUCUGGCCAGAGUGGAGCACGCAGCCCUGACUCCCAGGCGCUGAGACUGUUGCCUGGUUACCCAGGAAGCUACUGUUCCGGCUGCCCAGCCUUUCUCUGAGCCAGCGGAUGCACAGUCCGCGGCGUUCUUCAGGCUUAUUGAUAAUGCUUUUUGCAAAUGUUGAAUCAUGGUUCUGUUUCUAAGUUGGAUCUUUUUUGUUUUCUCCUUCCCACCCUAAUUUGACAUCAAAAUUCUCUAUUGUGCAUUGGGCCCUGGGUCAUUCAAACCCAGGUCACCUCAUUUCCCUUCUCUGUUCACACCUAAUGUCUUGAAGAGUAGGUGGCAGCAGUGUGGGCUGAACCUAGGCCAGCUUGCUCAGCGGGUCACCCUGCUGUGAAGUCCUGGCAGGUAUUGGUAAUGUGUGGAAAUGCAGUCAGCAAGUUUGCUGGGGAGUUUGAUAAAAGUAUAAAACAAAACAAAAAAAGCCUCGGUAUAAUUUUGUUCCGUGACUGCUUCUGUAGCUUUACACCAGAAGGAAGGAAUGGGCUACAGCAGGCAGUGGAGGAAGAGGAGGGUGAGCAGGUGUAUUAAAAUAGCUUACGGGUAAGGCCUAAAAGGUCACCCCUCGGCCACCUCUCCAAAAGAAGGGCAUGAGCACCCCCAGGAGAGGAUGGCCCCAAAAACCUUAUUUUUAUACAUGAGAGUAAAUAAACAGAUAUUUUUUUUACAAAAAUAACUUCUGAAUUUAUCAGUGUUUUGCUGUUAAAAAUAUUCCUCUAUAGUAAAUUAUUUAUUGGAAGAUGACUUUUUUAAAGCUGCCGUUUGCCUUGGCUUGGUUUCAUACACUGAUUUAUUUUUCUAUGCCAGGCAGUAGAGUCUCUCUGCCUCUGAGGAGCAGGCUACCCGCAUCCCACUCAGCCCCUCCCUACCCCUCAAGAUUUGAUGAAAAUUCCAACCAUGAGGAUGGGUGCAUCGGGGAAGGGUGAGAAGGAGAGCCUGCCUGCUCAGGGAUCCAGGCUCAUAGAGUCGCUCCCUGCCCGUCACCCAGAGAUGCUUCACUGGCACCUGCCUCUGAGACCUCGCUCUCUGUUACAGCAACCCUGGUUGGGGGGUCAGACUUGAUACACUUUCAGGUUGGGAGUGGACCCACCCCAGGGCCUGCUGAGAACAGAGCAGCCAGGCUGUCCUGGCUCACUUUGCAACUGGCACUGGGUUGGGGAGGAAGAGAGCUGAUGAGUGUGGCUUCCCUGAGCUGGGGUUCCCCUGCUUGUCCAGUUGUGAGCUGUCCUUGGUGUUACUGAGGCUGUGCCUAGAGAGUGGAGAUUUUUGAUGAAAGGUGUGCUUGCUCUCUGCGUUCUAUCUUCUCUCUCCUCCCUGUUCCUGCAAACCACAAGAAAAGGUAGUGGUGUGUCUCGACCCCAUCAGCCUCUCACCCACUCCCAGACACACACAAGUCCUCAAAAGUUUCAGCUCCGUGUGUGAGAUGUGCAGGUUUUUUCUAGGGGGUAGGGGGAGACUAAAAUCGAAUAUAACUUAAAAUGAAAGUAUACUUUUUAUAAUUUUUCUUUUUAAAACUUGGUGAAAUUAUUUCAGAUACAUAUUUUAGUGUCAAGGCAGAUUAGUUAUUUAGCCACCAAAAAAAAGUAUUGUGUACAAUUUGGGGCAGUCACAAAGUUGUGUAUUUUAUGUUACAAUAAAGGCUUCCUCUGAAGGGA